AUGGGUUUCCUGGGUGUUUAUACCGCAGUAUAUGAUUACGUUCCGGCAGGUGAGGGAGAACUUACUAUCAACGAAGGUGAUAUCCUCUAUGUGCUAGAGAAGAGCACAGAAGACGACUGGUGGAAAGCAAAGAAGAAGGCCUCUGCAGACGAUGAGGAUGAACCCGUGGGAUUAAUCCCAAGCAACUACAUCCAGGAGGCAGUACCAUCUAGCAAAGCUAGAGCUCUCUACGAUUACACGAGACAGACAGACGAGGAACUAUCAUUCACGGAAGAUGCACAACUCGAGGUUUUCGACACAUCAGAUCCGGACUGGAUCUUGGUCGGCUUCGAGGGAGAGUAUGGCUUUGUACCUGCAAACUAUAUUGAAUUGUCCGAGAACUUAGAAGAGCCCAAAGAAGCACCUGCUCCAAGUCUUCCAAGCCGACCAAGACCACCACCAGCUGCAGUAGAAGAAGAAGUACCGGAGGCGCCCGAGUCUCCUCUAUCACCUCAGUCGCCCGAAUCCCCAGUAGUUGCGACCCCGGCUGCUGCAAUCGCAGGUAUAUUACAUCAGACUCAGCAGAGGAAAUCGUCCGCUCCAGCAGCUCGAGCCCCACCAGAAUUCACCCCCGAAGCCUCCGAUGAAGAACUACCCACACCUACAUUGCCUGCGAGGCCAGUAUCGCAAGUAUCUGUACCCCAGCCUAGUCGAGAGCGGGAUCGAGAGCCUUCCCGGCAUUACUCUCCAAGGCUUCCUGCAUCUCCCACUGGUGUCACCGCAUCCCCUCCUUAUAAUAGAGUAUCUUUCGCCACAAUGGGCGUCGAUACCCCAGAUGAGUCUAGAGCGAGUCGUGUGCCAGGUGGAUUUCACAUGUAUAACAUCAGCGAGAUGGUACACGUAAUGGGCAAAAAGAAGAAAAUGCCUACAACUCUAGGUAUCAACAUCGCUACAGGUACAAUUUUGAUCGCCCCGGAGCAAGCCCGAGAUGGACCAGAACAAACUUGGACAGCAGAGAAAAUGACGCAUUAUUCAUUGGAAGGCAAGCAUGUUUUCAUGGAACUAGUACGACCCACCAAGAGUAUUGAUUUCCACGCCGGGGCUAAAGACACCGCGACGGAGAUUGUGAGUGCCUUGGGAGAACUUGCAGGUGCUGUUCGUGCAGAAGGAUUGAGAGAAGUUAUUGCAGCAGGAUCUGGAUCUGGUCAGAAGAGAGGACAAGUUCUCUACGAUUUUGUGGCACAAGGAGAGGAUGAAGUGGAUGUAAAUGUUGGAGAUGAAGUUGUUAUAAUUGACGAUAUAAAAAGUGAGGAAUGGUGGAUGGUACGGAGAGUCAAGAAUGCGAAAGAAGGGGUUGUUCCAAGUAGUUACAUCGAAGUUGUUGGUACAGUGCAACCACAAAGUUCGGCUGGAAUAAACGCGGGGCGAUCAACCGUUGAACAAAAUAGACUCGAGGAAGCGCGACUAGCAAGGGAGGCCCUGAAGACAGCGAAUAGAGACGAGGUUGAGGUAGGCCCUGGAAUGCGACUACCCGAACGGGGUAGCAGUCUAUAUGCUCGUGACAAUGGUAACCAAUCUGGGCAACAGAAGAGACGAGAUAAUGGCCGAGAAAAUAGCUCUUCGAAAUCUUCGAAAUCCAAACCUGAUCCUGCCAAAGUAAGAACCUGGACGGACCGCUCGAAGUCCUUCAGUGUUGAGGCACAAUUUUUAGCGCUGAAAGACGGUAAGAUAAAUCUUCACAAAAUGAACGGCGUGAAAAUUGCUGUCCCAGUUGUCAAGAUGUCGGUUGAAGAUCUUGAAUAUGUUGAAAGAAUGACGGGUAUAUCCUUGGAUGAAGACAAGCCGCUAUCAGACAUCAAAAAGCAGCAAAAGUCACGAGCAGCUGAAAGACAGCCGAGCAACGGUGCAAGCGUCGGCGCAAGCAUUGAACGUCCAGAGUAUGACUGGUUCCAAUUCUUUCUCUCUUGCGACGUUGCUGUGGGUCUUUGUGAAAGAUAUGCACAGGCAUUCAAGCGAGAUUCUAUGGAUGAGAGUGUUUUGCCUGACAUUGAUGCCACUGUACUUCGGACCCUUGGAAUUCGCGAGGGGGAUAUCAUUAAAAUAAUAAGAUUCAUAGACAAGAAAUACAUGCGGAAAGAUGGGAAGCGAAACAUCAGCCUCGGUGAGGAUGAGGGUGAAGCUGGCCUCUUCUCUGGACCCGGUGGUACAUUAAAAAAUAAUACUCGAAAGGGUCGCCCCGCUCCUGCUGUACAAACUAAUGAUGUGGUGGAUGCAAACGCCUUUUCGCAAAAUGGCACCGAUAAGUCAUCCCCUCAAGGUGUCGCCACGCCCCUUGCAACUGCUCCAACUCCAGCAGGAAAGGACGUCAAGCGAGGAGGGUUUGAUGAUGAUGCAUGGGAUGUCAAACCAUCAAAGCAAGAAGUCACAAGCAGUGCGCCUGUCGAGUCCACACCGGCUCCAGCUCCCGCUCCACAGCAGCCAGCUAUUACUGGCUCGAUGCAAGAACUUUCGCUGUUGUCCACUCCCCUUGAGCCAGUAAAAGCACAGCCGACUGCUCAAACAACACCGCAACCUCAAGGCCCACCUCCUGUCACUCCUUCAAUAUUUGCUGGAAUUGGAAACCAACAAACUGGACUCCCUCAACAGCAACCUGCGCCUUCUGGGCCUUUAUUCCCAGCAAAUUUGGCGCGCCAACGUCCUGGACCCCCUCAAAUGGGAGCAAAUACGACUCUGAUACCACCACUUCCUCCUUCGCGACCUUUAUCAGCUCCUCAAGCUGUGACUGCUUACGCCCCACCUCCACUUCAAGCUCAAGCAACUGGGUAUGGAGCUUUCCAACCUCAAAUUGCUCCUCCUGGACAAAGUCUGCAUGACCUCAAUCAACAACGCAUGCAACAGCAGCAACAGCAAAUGCAACAACAACAACAACAACAACAACAACAACAACAACAACAACAACAACAACAGUUUAUGCAACAGCAAACUGGCAUGAUGCAACAACCUACCGGAUUCAAUCAAUUCAAUCCUGGAGCACCUAACAACUUCCAACAAUUUCCCAUGCAAACAGGCACUCCUCAGCAAUUCAUACCGAAUCAGACAGGUACACCAUUUUCGAACCCUUCAAUACAGCCAUUCCAACCACAACCACUUCAACCUCAAGUUACAGGCUUCCAGAGUGCAUUCCCUACUGGGCAACAAUUCCCUCAACCUACCGGUGUAAACUCAUUCUUGCCUCCUGCCAUGCAACCUCAGCAAACAGGCAUGAUGAAUGGAACAACCAGUUUUGGUGGCCAGAAUUUCUCUGCACCACCGGCUCCACCUGCGCCACAGCAACAUCCAUCUCCCUUAAUCCCUCAAGCGACCGGGCCAGCACCACCAGUUCGUUUUGGACUUAAUGGCACCAACAACAUCGCGCCACAACCCACUGGCAGACGCGCGAACCUCUCACAAGCCACUCCUCAAAAUCCAUUUGGAUUCUAA